ACGCCAAACAGCGCAGUGCGCCUGAGCGAAAAACAGAGGAAGUGGCGGCUGAAGCAGCUCCGCACCUUUUCCGGUAACAGCGACUGAACGACCCGCACCGAGAGAUCGACCGGAGAGAACCGAGCCGGGGCACGCGAGAGGGGGACUGUUAGAAGAGGGACGGAAGAGAGGGAACUCGGGACGAACGACUGACGAUCUGACGCGCGUCGGAAGGGAAUGAGCGCUAAACCACCGCGACCCGAUACCGGGUUCACUUUAAUAAAGACUAGAGAGACGCGUCACAGAUCCGCACAUAUAUACCGACUUCAGUCUCUGAGUUGUGACGCUUGAUUACAGCGCUGUGUGAGUUUUGAAAGCCAAACAAUAAAAGUGCUUUUCUAACUGACCAAAAACUCGCUUUCCUCCAGCAACAAAUCUUAUAUAUGCACUGCCAAGAAGAUGGGGAAGAUGCUUUCGAAGAUCUUUGGCAACAAGGAGAUGAGGAUAUUGAUGCUUGGACUUGACGCGGCGGGGAAGACGACAAUCCUUUACAAGCUGAAGCUGGGACAGUCGGUCACCACCAUCCCGACGGUGGGCUUCAACGUGGAGACCGUCACGUACAAGAACGUCAAGUUCAACGUGUGGGACGUGGGCGGUCAGGAUAAGAUCCGGCCGCUGUGGCGACACUAUUACACCGGCACCCAAGGCUUGAUCUUCGUGGUGGACUGUGCGGAUCGCGACCGCAUCGACGAGGCUCGACAGGAGCUGCAUCGCAUCAUUAACGACCGAGAGAUGCGCGACGCCAUCAUCUUGAUCUUCGCCAACAAGCAAGAUCUCCCGGAUGCCAUGAAGCCGCACGAGAUCCAGGAGAAGCUGGGUUUGACUCGGAUCAGAGAUCGCAACUGGUACGUCCAGCCCUCCUGCGCCUCGGCGGGCGACGGACUCUACGAAGGGCUCACGUGGCUCACGUCCAACUACAAAUCCUAACGCGCCCAACUAGAAGCAAUCCACUUCUGUUUGUAAACUUCUUCGGUUUUACUCUCAUUCUUUGAUUUCGUUGACAUGUAACCCAAUUUUUCUUUCGUACACUCCUGUUGAAUGUCCGUAAAGUAUUACGUUCAGAAGCUGUGGGCUCGUUUUCCUGAAUCCCGGAGGAUUUUGGGUGUUUGUGUUUGGUUUGUCAGUCCAAAAUGGCAGCUUGUUUGUUGACCUCUGUGCCAUCGCGUAUAACGAAUGUAAGACGAGCAGAGCUCUGAACUAAAGCAGAAAGAUCUGACUGUGUUCUGUUGAAGAAACUGUCCUUGAAGGAGCUUUGGAUUCAAUAUUUUCUGGACGUGCUCCUCUAAAGACGUGGAGAAGCCAGGAACCAGUGAUCUGAGUCUCAUCACGAGUGUUUCUGAUCCAAUCCAGACGACUUAAACCCGUUUCUAUCUCCUCCAACCAUAACCGCACAAAUCACACCAAACCUCUUUUUCUUGUAUACUAAAUUAAUGCUUUAUUAUUUUGACUUAUUUGUUAUGCUGAAGAAAUAAUAAAAUCUCUAUAUAUGUAUAUAUCCG